AUGAAGUCAGAGAGAUACACGAAAUAUACUUCCCAGCCGCUGACUGAGGCAACAAAGAUUCCAGAUGGCACAGGAGUCGUUGAUUUGGAUCCGUGGCUCGAGCCGUUUAAGGAUGCCCUGAGAAGUAGAUAUAAGCUUGCUACCGAAUGGAUCCGGAAGAUUGACGAGACGGAGGGCGGGCUCGAUAAGUUUAGCAAGGGCUACGAGAAGUUUGGUUUUAACGUUGCGAGUAACGGUGAUAUCACGUACAGAGAAUGGGCUCCAAACGCGACCACGGCUCAUCUCAUUGGUGAUUUCAAUGAAUGGGUUCCAACUGCUACCCCUUUGGAGAAGAAUGAAUUCGGGGUCUGGGAAGGCGUCCUCCCGGCAAAGAAUGGGGAGCUCGCAAUACCACACAACAGCAAGGUCAAGAUUACCAUGACCACGCCAUCAGGAGAACGACUCGAUAGGAUACCAGCUUGGACGACAAGAGUAACCCAAGAACUCAGCGUCUCUCCAGUGUACGAUAACGUAUUCUGGCAUCCACCUAAGGAGGAGCAGUAUCAGUUCAAACACGCUGCUCCCCCCAAGCCAAAGUCGCUUCGUAUCUAUGAGGCACAUGUGGGAAUAUCAUCUCCUAGGACAGAAGUUGCAACAUACAAGAACUUCACUGAAACCAUGCUUCCACGUAUCAAGUACCUGGGAUAUAAUGCCAUUCAGCUUAUGGCAAUCAUGGAACAUGCAUACUACGCAAGCUUCGGAUACCAGGUUAACAACUUCUUUGCGGCGAGUAGUCGCUACGGUACUCCGGAAGACCUGAAAGAGUUGAUAGACACAGCUCACAGUAUGGGUAUCGUGAUCCUUCUUGACGUGGUACACAGCCAUGCGUCGAAGAACGUGCUGGAUGGUCUUAACAUGUUCGAUGGAACCGACCAUCUCUACUUCCAUGCGGGAGGGAAGGGUAACCAUGAUUUAUGGGAUAGUCGUCUGUUCAACUAUGGAAGCCAUGAGGUGCUAAGAUUCCUCCUCAGUAAUCUGAGAUUCUGGAUGGAAGAAUAUCGCUUUGAUGGCUUCCGGUUUGAUGGAGUUACCAGCAUGCUGUACAAUCAUCAUGGAAUCGGAACUGGGUUUUCCGGCGGUUACCAUGAAUACUUCGGCCCAUCUGUUGAUGACGAAGGUGUUGCAUAUCUGACGCUUGCAAACGAGAUGUUACAUCAAAUUUACCCCAAUUGCAUCACGGUUGCAGAGGAUGUUUCCGGCAUGCCCGCAUUGUGCCUGCCUUUGUCUAUAGGAGGUGUAGGAUUCGACUAUCGUCUAGCCAUGGCAAUCCCUGACAUGUAUAUCAAACUGCUCAAGGAGAAGAAGGACCAUGAGUGGGAUAUGGCAAACAUAGCAUUCACCCUUACCAACCGUAGACAUGGUGAGAAAGCAAUUGCAUAUGCCGAGAGCCACGAUCAAGCGCUCGUUGGUGACAAAACACUGAUGAUGUGGCUUUGUGACAAAGAGAUGUACACAAACAUGUCUAUUUUGACCGAGUUAACCCCUAUCAUUGAACGUGGCAUGAGUCUACAUAAGAUGAUUCGUCUGGUCACACACGGCCUUGGAGGAGAAGGCUACCUCAACUUCGAGGGUAACGAAUUCGGCCACCCAGAAUGGUUGGAUUUCCCCCGUCAAGGCAACAACAACAGCUUCUGGUAUGCCAGAAGACAGCUGAACCUGACCGAGGAUAAUCUCCUCCGAUACAAGUUCUUGAACGAGUUCGACAGACAGAUGCAGCUGACCGAGGAGAAAUACGGAUGGCUCCAAUCACCACAGGCCUACAUCAGCCUGAAGAACGAAAACGAUAAGGUCUUAGUAUUUGAACGCGCCGGACUGCUCUGGGUGUUCAACUUCCAUCCAACCAACAGUUUCACUUCCUAUCGCGUUGGAGUAGAGCAGGCAGGAACUUAUCGGAUUGUCAUUGACACUGACGAUAGCAAAUUCGGAGGAUUUGACCGCAACGCCAAAGGAACACGUUUCUUCACCACAGACCUGGAGUGGAAUGGACGCAAAAAUUACGCGGAAUUGUAUCUGCCCACAAGAACGGCCCUGGUGAGUUCCAAGUUCAGCCCUUUUGACCCAGGAUGA